AUGACGAUGGCUGCAAAAUUGAUUGAUAGGAAAUUUCACAAUGUACCCGGGAGGCUUCGUGUGGCAGAAUUGCUCUUCGAUGUGCCUGUGAACUACAACAAGCCGAGUGAUGGCAAUUUGAAGCUUUUUGCUCGGAGUGUACGUCGCUUGGAGACUCCAGUCGAGCCUGCAAAAGGUGAGAAGCAGCUCCCCUGGUUGGUUUACCUUCAAGGAGGGCCAGGGAUGGGGUGUCGGCCUCCGCAGGAAUAUGGCUGGGUUGGAACCGCGCUUGACAAGGGCUACCAGGUAUUAUUCCUAGACCAGCGUGGCACUGGCAUGAGCUCGACCAUAACGGCAGGGACACUCGCCCUUCAAGGCAACGCAGUGAAGCAGGCCGAAUACCUGAAGCAAUUCCGCGCGGACAACAUUGUCCGGGACUGUGAAGCUGUUCGUCGUUGUCUCACCACUGACUACCCUGAGGAUCAGCGCAAGUGGAGCAUCAUCGGCCAGAGUUUCGGUGGAUUCUGUGCUGUGACUUAUCUGUCACUGUUCCCCGAAGGACUGACAGAGGCCUUCAUCUGUGGAGGACUUCCUCCUCUUGUUGACGGGCCGGAUCCAGUUUACCAGCGCACUUAUGAGAAGGUCAUUGAAAGAAAUGAUGCUUAUUAUAACAAGUUUCCCGAAGAUGUGGAUCGGGUGAAGCGGCUGGUUCAGUACCUGAAAGAUAACCACGUCACCGUGUCAUCUGGAGUCCUGACUCCAGAGCGAGUGCAGCAGUUGGGCAUCAUGUUUGGGAUGCAUGGUGGUCUCGAUGCUGUCCAUGACCUUGUGUUACGUGCUUCGAAUGAUCUAGAUAUCUUUGGCUUCCUUACGCAUCCAACAGUGACCGCGUUCGAUAGCUACGGCGGCUUCGAUAGCAACAUCAUCUACGCUAUUCUCCACGAAGCAAUUUAUUGCCAGGGACAAUCUUCGAACUGGUCCGCUGAUAGACUGCGUUCAGCCGAUGCUCAAUUCAAUAUUGACGACGAGCAGACAAGGAUACUUUUCACUGGGGAAAUGAUCUUUAAAGACAUGUUCGAAUCAUACGACGAGCUGAAGCAGGUCAAGGAAACUGCAGAAAUCCUUGCCUCGACGGCUGAAUGGCCCAAGCUCUACGACGGGGCACAGCUUGCAAAGAACGAAGUUCCCGUUUACGCAGCGACAUAUGUGGAGGACAUGUACGUGCAUUUUGACCUUGCCUCCAAGACUGCUGCGAAGAUCAAGGGCGCCAAGCAAUUUGUUACAAAUGUCAUGUAUCAUAAUGCCAUCCGAAGCAAGUCAGAUGAGCUUAUGCAGCAGCUCUUCGCGCUGCGGGAUGACACGAUAGACUAA